UUCAACAGCUCUCAGCACCCCCACUGUACAAAUGGUUCCAGCGCCCCUGCUCCUGCUCCUGCUUCUCCUCUGAAGGGAAUGCAGCUGCUCCCCAGCCAUGCUGGGCUGCCCUGUGCCAGGUGGAGACGUCCCUGGUAGUUGGAUUUAGAGGGGACCAGGACUUCCUGCAGCGUGAGAGGGGGGCCCAGCCCUGCCUCCCCACCCCCCUCCCAGCCCACUCAGGAUGCUGGCCGGCUGGAGAGAGAUCUCUGCAGGGAUUGGUGCCACGCUUUGCUGCCUCCUCUUCUUCUGGCUCUUGUAUUCUCAUCCGCCUAAGGAAGGGAAGGAGCUGGAGGUGGGGACGUGUGAGAUUACGGCGCUGAACAGAGACCUCAGCCACCCCAGGAGGAUGAUCGCCCGGCAGACAGCACGCUGUGCCUGCAGGAGAGGCCAAGUUGCAGGCACAACGAGGGCAAAACCCGCCUGUGUGGAUGCUCAGCUCAUUGCCAGUAAGCAGUGGUGCGGGAUGGAGCCCUGUGAUGAAGGGGAGCAGUGCACUUUGUUAAUAAAUCGUUCAGGCUGGAGCUGCAGUAGACGACUGGGCCGAAUAAAAACCGUCACAAGAGUGAGAGGAUGCAGAGGGGACAGCGCCGGAGAGAAGGUGCUACGGUCAUCUCAUCUCUACCCCACUGGUUCACCUUCAGCCCUUUGGAGAGUCCCCUGAGGUUGUGGUGUUGUCUGAGCCAAGCCCCCACCCCACACCCAGCAGGGAAACACUGAUUCAAUGAGUUUCUCUUCCUUUCCAUUUGCAACUUGUCCAUCAGCAGCUCACAAUUUCCCCAGGUUUAUUCAGCAGCUCAGAACAAAUGGCCAAAUUAUUCCUACGAAUAAAUUCUCAGCCUGUCACCCACUUGCAGUCAAUUCAUCACUGGG